AUGACGUUCAUUAGGAGGAAAACAGGAACAAAUGAUGGUCCCAGAGACCGCGCCAACGACAGUGCGGAAAUGAUGACACAAAGGCGAGCAAGUGUAGCGGUGGUCCCGCAGCUGAUCUGGGAGUACGUGGACAGAGAGUGGGUGGCGGGCGACUUCAUGUGUCGAGCCGUUAAGUUCAUGCAAUCUUUCUCCAUGACGGCUAGCAACUAUAUGCUCGUUGUCAUAACAAUAGACCGUCACCAAGCUAUAAUUUCCCCUUUAAAAGAGUCGUACUCGGUUUGUAAAAUGGCCGGAUUAAGCUGGGGGGCGGCGGUUUUAUUAUCCUUACCAGUGGUUGGCAUUUUUCACACUUCCGAAGACAACAACGGAUUCACAUGUGUAAUAAUCGCGUCUUUUAUAUUGUGCACGACACCAUACUUCAUUGUCGAAAUGAUAAUGUCCUAUGUUAGCCAUUGUACCAUUUCGAAAAAACUGUACGCAAUCCUCGGUGGAAUGACUGCCUGCAAUUCGGCAACGAAUCCGCAUGUUUUACUUGCGUUCAACCUGAAAGGAGGGAUGUUCAAAUGCUUUAAACAGUGCUUAAAUAAACCAAGCCGUGAUGGUACAUUGCAGUCAAGUCACACAGGUUCCACUGGGGCCAAUCCACAGCACCGUGUUUCUCCAGGCAAUACGAGUAAAUACGUUCUGAGAAGGCAGGACUCAGUAGGGAGUCAUGAGGAAAUAACGUUAUUAAAGGAAGGAAGCAUCAGAGAAAUGUGUAGUCCGAAUUUGUCAUUGUUGUGUUUUUGUCCGAGAACUUCUAUACUAAGGUGA